UGUGUGUGUGAGGUGGACCUGCGGCACCGUACAGUCGGCAGGCGUGUUGAGGAGGUUCUGACGGUGCUCAGAGAUCUGACCACUGAGGUCAGCAAGAAAGACGGACGCUUCCAGUCCAUCGCCCACGCUGGAGUCAACAACGAGAACAUCAAGGACCAGCCUGCCAUGGUGUCUAAAUGGGCAGCCCUCCUGAGAGGCAGAUGUUCCUUCAACCCAGCCAUCCAGGUCCUGACUUCCAGCCUGGUUUUGGUCAGUGUUCCGGUGCGGGGGUUGAUUGGAUAUCAUGAGCAUGUGGCUCGUCAGUGGAGAUACUAUUCUCUGACUGGCUCCAUUCUCCCCACUCCUGUCCGUGAGCCAGAGAAACUCCACCAAUGGCUGGAGCUGGAGAGCUUCACAAGCCCCGCCCAGGACUGGCAGGAUGCCAAAGUGUGUGUUGAGGGAGACAUUGUACCGGCCAAGGUGGUCAGUCUCUUCAGAGAACAACUAGAGACCGCCAUACUGACCUGCAGCUUCAGUGGUAAGGUCAGCAUCUUGGAGUCUGUGGGUUCGGUAGUGCGUGUUGCCAUAGAGACGGCGGAGGGUGUGAUGGAGGCAGAACUUGUUCCCACUGUGGAGCUGAUCAACUAUUGGCCGAAGAAAGCCCGCUGGCCCCGCCUUCUGCAGCGCUGGCCAACCACAGAGAGAGCUCGCUGCAUCAAGUCGUUUGGGUUUAACCUCAUGGCAACGUCUAAUUACCACUGGCUGUUGUCGUUCUCACGGGCGGAGCAGGCGUUGCUAGUGGCCGUUGAUGAGGACGGUGGUUGCCGUAGGAAGUGUUACCGUGUUGUCAGACAGCUGAAGGAGGACACCUGGUGUCCCGGCACCAAGCCUGUCAUCACAGCCUUCCACCUGCAGACUCUGUUGUUCUGGUGCUGUGAGAAGUUUCCAUGUGGGCGUGACUGGCGCUGUGUAAAGGAGUGUGUGCUGCGUGUAGCCAGGAAGCUGUUGAAGUGUGUGAGCCAGCGCUACCUGAGACACUACUUUGUCCGCUCCUACAACCUGCUGAAGUACAGUAACACCACAGAGUUAGACCACACAGCCCAGAAGAUCAAUGACUUUAUAGCCAACCCCAGCCUCUAUGUCCACUAAACACUGAUUAUUAACACCAAUUCUAGCAUGAUGUUUUUAUUGCUAUUAUUCUUGUCUAUCCUAAUGUUGCAAACAUAAAAUUAAUACAAGGUUGUGUUCAGUAGGGCACAGCCUACCAAAACAUUUGUAGCAGUAGCUUUUUACUUAGUCAAAUUCCUGUACAUGCAAAUGUCUUUGGUGAAUAAAGAUGAUUCUGAUUCACAGCAUAGCAAAACAUUUUGCAUGAGGUAAUGAACAUCCUUAUUGAACAAGUCAGAAGUUGUUUUUAUUCUGUACCUAAAUAAAGUAGUUUUCUUAUAUUGCA